UCAGACGCGAACAAACUUCCAAGAUGGCAACCAUCACAGUACAGCCUGGCGCCCAGUUACUAGUGCCACCUGGCGGUACCCGGGACUGGAACGCGGGUCUGUGCGGCUGUAUGUCCGACUGCAAGUCACUGUUAUGCACGUACUUCGGUCUCCCGUGCAUGCUGUGUGACCUGUCUAGACGGACGGAGGAGUGCGUGUGCAUGACGUGCUGCGUACCCGGCGGCCUCAUCGCCCUACGAGCAAGAAUCCGAACCAUGGGCGGAAUCCAGGGUUCAGUCUGCAAGGACUGUAUGGUGGUAUCGUGCUGUGGACCGUGCUCUGUGUGUCAGAUGUCUCGAGAGCUCGACAACAUGGGGCUGUAGAUGGUGUGCACCCACAGAGGAGAAACCAGAGUGUGUCAGCUAUUGCUACCAAUCACACUUUCAACACACCAAGCUCUUCAAACUAACUAUUGAUUACUAUGAUCUGUUACGCAUCUUAAUCCACACAACCCUUCAACGAAUGACAACAUCAUGCAUCAUCCAACAUCCAAUGACAGAUUAUUUCAUUACACAAGCCUGUUGUGGCCAUCUCUCUCAAAUGUUUUUUCAAUUCAAUUCUUUACUAACUUUGAGCUUUACAGCUAAUCAGUAUACAUGUACACACAGAAAUAUAAAUAAAUAUGAACAUGCAUUUCACUCCGGUUACUCGUAGUAAAGUCCUACAUUACCAAAUGACAUUUGCAUUCCAGAUGACCACUGACCUGGAAACACAGGCUGUUGUCAGAUCUGAGAACGUAGAAAGUGAAAUUCAACAUCCAGCUCAGUGCUUAUUAAAUGUAUAAAGUCUAGACU